AUGACCGGUGUUCAAGUAAGUACCUAUACGUAAAUUUAUUGUAUUAAAAACAGAUUAUAUUAUACACGUAACAUACGAAUUUCAAUAAAUUCGGAAAUUUUCAUUGAUCAAGGGAUAAAACAACGGGAAUGUGAUACUUACAUCGGUACUUUUCCGUUGGCCGGACUACAUUGCAUAAAUAUGUCAACAUUAUAAUAUUUAUCAAUACCUAUUGACCAAAUGACCAAAAGUUGUACGCCCAAUUCUUCAUAACAAUCAGGCACCUCUUUCCAAUUGGAUAUUUUAGGUACGUGUCUAUUGCGGGCCCCGCAAUCUAUGGGGCCUCCUAAUUAUUGCCAGAUCACCGACCGAUAACCGAUAUUUAUUACCGAUAAACAAAUUUAUUUCGAGAAAAAUUUCAAAGGAAAAUUACUGCCUAUAAACCCUACUUGGCCAUACUCAUAUUUUAAAGCUGCUACAAAAAAUUCGAGUUAAUUUAGAUCAGGUAUGUCAAACACGUGACUAUCAAUAUUAAUGAACAAAAUAACAACCAAAAUAAUAAAACAAAUUAUAAAAUAACGUCGUGUCACAGCUAUUUUAAAUUCUUAAAGAAUGGUAUAUAAUGGUAUAAAUUAUUAUGUCUUACCUUCUGAUAAAGAUCUUACCUAUCACCACUCUGUUUGUCUGUUUUAGUAAAAUAGUACUCCGGCCAGGUCGUAGGGACCCCAUUAUACCACUGCCCAGGGCCUCAAAGACGUCAAGACGGCCCCUGAUAACAGUUAUAAUAUUAACUAAGUAUAGGUUUAUUCCAGUCAACUUUUCGAUUCUAUCAAAUGAACAAAACGCCAUUAUUACCUAUCUAUUUUAAAUAGGUAGGUACUCUUUGAUCCUCCGCACGUUUUACAAUACAAUAUAAUCGGUUUUAAAAUCGAAAAACUUCAAAUAUUGUAAUACCUUCGAAAUAGAUACUUAGGAUGGCAUUUAAAAAGUCGAAAAACAGAUUUCUCGUGAAAUUUGCUAAUAAUAUUGUGACACAAAACUUUUAAGCUCUUAACGUGACUAUUAUUGUUGUUUCAUUUACCGAACGUUACGGAUUAGAAAAAUAAAACUAGUGUUUUACAUGAUUGUUUUACUCUUAAAUAGAUUGUGUGAUUAAUAAUAUACGUCUCAGUCUUUGUUUUUUUUUUUUUGAAAAGUGUAGGUACUUUUAUUUUUCGUGUUUCAUCGCAACAACCGUCAAUCCUCUCCAUCCAUCUCUCGCUAUUGGCAGCCAUCUUUAACCCGUUGUUCUCACGCCUAGCAUAUUAAUGCUAUGCUCCGAACCGCACCUUAUUGUUUACCAAUACUUGCUCGUAUUUACAGAUCUGUUUGGUGUUGGCGACAAGCUGCUUCUUGUUGGCUUCGGCGAAACCGUCAUACAAGUUCGCGUACGGAGUGCAAGAUCUGAACACAAAGGAUCUGAAGGAACAACAAGAGUACAGGGACGACGAUAACCAGUUACACGGUUACUACAAGACUUUGGACGCGGACGGUCUAAUGCGUACGGUCACGUACAAGUCUCAUCCGUCCACCGGUUUCGAGGCCCAUGUCGACCGCGAACCGUACCACAUGCCCGACAACAACGCGGGCAACACCGAACCCAUCUCGCGUUACGCAGGUCACGAGGAUUACGGCGAGUCACCGAUCACCCCGACGGCGGAACCGUCGCAGUUGCCCAUCACCCGUCCCGUGGCCUGGUCCAUGAGCAUGAUGCACAGGAUCGAUCCCGCUGCACCCCCGAUACGCAUCGCAUCGUUUCGCCGGGCACCGAUCGUCUUACAGCAGCAAGACCCCAAUUUCAUCCAGUACGGAGCUCCGAUGUACCAGGCGAGACAAGAAGCGACUCCUCUAAUCAGUCACGGGUAUGCCGCCAAUACCGGCGGGUAUAUCGAGACCAAGACCGCUUCGACCGUGAUCCAUCCCUCUCCCAUCGCUACUCCUAUCGGGUCCCUACAAUCUCAGUACUCGUACGGCCAACCGUCCGCCUACGAUCAAUCAUACGCCAAUACGCCAAUUACGCUACAACGUUACGGCUACCCUGCGGAACGCGGUGCCACUGUGCAAUACUAUUCAACCGCUGCCACUGCUAUCCCGCAAUAUGACUCUCAGUCUUAUUCUGAUAAAUCUUACUCCCCCGGAUAUAAAAACUACUUGUCCGAAAUUACUCCAUCUUACUCUUCCCAAUCAUCUGGAACUUUCCACGCCGAACAUGCUCAACGUGGUUCCGGCGCAAGGUCCCAAUAUGACUUUGCUCCAACUCAUUCUUACCUCGAAAGUCAUCAGUUACCCCAAUCUUACUUCACUAGACAACAACCUUACUUGGCCGAAUCUGCUGACCCAUCCUUUUUAGACAAGCCUCAAAUGUCUCAAUAUAACUCUGCAGAUGAAUCAAUUGUCACCGAUGCAGAGCCAUGUGAACAAUAA